UUUUUGCUUUGUUAGGGACAGUGUCAUGAGCAUGAUCACUGUGAGGCUAGUCAGAAUCUCAGGAAAGUUGGGUGAGCUUUAAAGUUAAGUUAGAGUGAGGGACCGCAGUCUACCUUUUAAUGUUUAGAUUUUACCCGAGUAUGAUGACUCCAAGGUUUUAUAUCCUCCAAUUCUGAGGCAGUGCAGGUAUUAGAAAGACAGUGUCGGCCCUUUUCGGGUUCCAGGAUGAAGCAAUUGCAAGUGUUCAGGAGCACCAGUCAUGUAAGGGGGAAUCUGCAGGAGACUGUCGUCUCUUAGAAGCAAAACUCUUAGGUAUAAGAAGUGCUAGUCCUAUCUGUAGGUUGAAGAGGACCAGAAAUUAAGUUACUGAAUCAUGUGCUUUGUCCUGUAAAUAGACACAUGCUUUUCCUUGGGCGGCAGUAAGCAGAUCCAGUGCCCUUUGAUUUUGCUAAGUCUGUUCCUAUUGUAUUUUGUGAGGAGGGGAAGGUGGGUCCGGAAUGCUUGGUGAGUACAGAAUAAGUGGCUCCCGUAUCAAUCAGAAAAUUAAUAUUCUUUCCUGCGGCAUCCAGGGUUACCCUAGGCUCAGCCAUGGAGAUGGUCAGCUGGGGAGCUGGCAACGUCCUUGGGACCCUCAUUUGUCAACCAGGAGGCGUCAGUCCUCAUCCAGGAGGCACGGGCUGGCAGCUGAGGGUCUGGUGGCUCCUCCCUUCAGAGAAGGGGACAAUCCCUUUUCCAGUGGCCUUCUUUCUUGCACCUCAGGCACAGCCCAGGUGGAUUUCUGAGUUGUGUGUGAAAGGUUCGGCAAGGCAAAGAAAAGAAGAGCCAGGCCAAGCUUUCUCAAAGGAAGGGGAAAUUUAUUGCGCCCCAGGUGGAAUUCCCGGACUCAAGGUGGGGGGUCUGUGAAGCCUUGCACAUCGCCAGGGGGAGGGAGGCUUUUAUAGAGUAAGGAGAGGUCAGGUGGGAGACUGGAGUUGCAAGGUGGGAAAAGAUUCAAGGUCGGGGAGGGGUUCAUUGUCUGAAUUUUCCAGGCAGGCUUCUGCAUUCCUGCCCCUGGGUGGUCUUCCUGGUGGGCUUUUGCAUUCUGGCCUCCUGCAUGGACCUUUCAAUGUGCCUUUCCUGCUCCAGUGCCCAGACUUGUUGCACCAGUCUAACCGGGCCAUUGAAGCUCCUCCAUUCUUUCUUCCAGGCAGGGAAGACAAUCAGCAUCAUCCUGCUCCAGUUACACAGUCUCCAAGGACUCUCCUGGACUCCUUCUCCCCAGGCCCCUGGAUGGGGUGUGAUGCCCCUCACCCUCCUGCUGCUGCUCUGGGGGCCCCUGGCCCUGAUGGAGACCCGGGCGGGCUCCCACUCUCUGAGCUAUUUCUCUGUCACAAUGUCCCGGCCCGGCGUCGGGGAGCCCCGCUACAUCGCCAUGGGCUACGUGGACGACUCGCAGUUCCUGCGGUUCGACAGCGACUCUCCGGGUCAGAGUGCAGAGCCGCGGGCGCCCUGGGCGGGGCAGGUGGGGCAGGAGGACCUGGACGAGGAGACUCAGAACCAGAGGAACAACGCUCAGUGGUUCAAAGUGCUCCUGAGGGACCUGCGCGGCCGCUACAACCAGAGCAAGGACGGGUCUCAUACCCUCCAGAGCAUGUUUGGCUGUGAAGUGGGGCCAGACCUGAAUCUCCUCGGCGGGUUUGAAAAGUUCGCCUACGAUGGCGCGGAUUUCAUCUCCCUGAGCGAGGACCUGCGCUCCUGGACCCCCGCGGACUCGGUGGCUCAGAUCACCCAGCGCGAGUGGGAGGCAUUGGAGAGGGCCGAGCGCGUCAGGAACAGUGUGAGAACCAAGUGCUUGAUGUGGCUCCUCAGAUUCCUGGUUUUGGGGAAGGAGGUGCUGCAGCGCACAGAAUCCCCAAAGACACAUGUGACUCAUCACCCCACCUCAGACCAUGGGGUCACCAUGAGGUGCUGGGCCCUGGGCUUCUACCCUGCGGAGAUAACCCUGACCUGGCAGCGAGAUGGGGAGGACCUGACCCGGGGCAUGGAGCUGGUGGACACCAGGCCUGCGGGUGAUGGAACCUUCCAGAAGUGGGCAUCUGUGGAUGUGCUUUCUGGAGAGGAGCAGAGAUAUAUGUGCCGUGUGCAGCAUGAGGGACUAAUGGAGCCCCGAGUCCUGAGAUGGGGUGAGAAGGGUGCCCCCUCCUCAGUCCUCUGUCCCCACUGGGGGCCUCAUUGCUGGCCUGGUUCUCCUUGGAGCUGUGCUCACUGGAGCUGCGGUGGCUGCAGCUGUGAUGUGGAGGAAGAAGCGCUCAGGUGGACAAGGAAGAAGCUAUAUUCACGCUCCAGCUCGUGUUUAAACGGAGCUCCUGCCCUGAUGAUGCCCCAAAGAGUGCCGGACACUGAUGCCCUCUGAUGUAGCAGGGGCAGAAUACCCGGGAGGCUGAUGGCAAGUUCUGCAUCUGAACAUGACGGACACCAAGAGUGUCAGCUGUGACGGGCUCUUCUGAUGUACGAUUUGCUCAGAACAUAAAGGUUUGUCAACGCAGAGAGCACCGGGGGACACACAAGAGAGAUGUGUGGAGAAGCUGCCUUGCUUCUUGGUUUUGGCCUUGAGCCAGGAACUUAAGAGACUUGGAAGGUGACACCUAGAAAGGACACCGUGAUGGCUGAACUGGAUCCCUAGCCAGGGAGCAACCCACACGGCACGGCAGACCUCUCCUGUCUCACCUGGUGCUCCCCUCAGCAAUGGAUUUCAGUACAUCUGCCCGUUCUGUUCCCUACUGUGUCUCCGGUGAAUCCUCUCACCACUCACCCCACCACCUCUGGCCUGUACCGCAGCUCUUCUACGCAUAAAUAAAUAAAUCUUAAAAAAAAGUUUGUUUGCAUAAAUCCAGUAAAGUUCUUUUCCCCCUUCUCUUUCUUUAAUAGAUAAUUGGAAAUACGGAUAUUUUACCAAGGCUUUGUCUGGAAUGUUGUGUUUUCAGAAACCAGACUGAUCUAGAGCCAGUAAAGACAUAAUAACGGCACCUGUUUUAGGGCUACAAGGGUCUGUCAUUAGGGUAAAGAAGGCAACCCCUUAGCAGAUCCAGAAACCCCAGAUGUCUUGGGAGCCUGAAGAGGAAUUUCCCUGAAGGUACAGGUACCGCAGGCCAAGUCUGAUGAUGAGACCUUGGCGUGGUCCUGAGCCCUGACUCCUGGCUUUUAGGAGCUCUCAGUCUGAGGGUUCUUAUAUGAAGUUCCAACAAAGCAAAAUUAGAAGGUCUGCAUAAUAAUUUCUGUUCCUGUUGAAUUCAUGCAAACUGACUCUGGCGGUGUAGUGUGUGGGUGAGGCCAGGGGCUGAUAACAAGUUCUGGGGGCUGAAUGUGCUGGAUACCAGGAGCAGCAACUGUGAUGGGCUGUUCUCAUGGGCUGUUUGCUGUGACUGUCUGUGUGUAACUGAUUACAAGGCCAGCUGGAGAUGAGAUGGGGGAACGGCCGCACCCCAUUCUCUCAGAUCAUUGGCCGGUGAUCUGAAAAGUGAAAGUGCUUAUAGGUUCAAUUCCUGGCUCUGCUUAUGGCUUUCUGGUGUGACAGGCAGCAGCGCCCAGGCCUAUCCCACCAACAGCUGUAGAUAUUUGCUGUCUGGCCCUUUUGUUUUAUAUUCCCUUUUGUUCUCCUCGCUGCAGGGGACAGACCCACAAAGAUAUCACUGAAAUGUGAUAUCACAGAACAAGGCGUGUUCUGUCCUUGUUUUCUUCCAUGUAUCUUGUGGCUUCUGGUCUUACAUCCCAGCCUAUUGUCCAUUUUGAGUUGAUUUGUGUGUGUGGUGGGAGACGGUGGUCUAGUUUCAUUUUUUUGCACGUGGCUGUCCAAUGUCCCCAGCACCGUUUAUCGAGAUGCUUUCCUUGUGAACCCUCAUCUUAACCUUGUCAACAUAAACUUUACUGGAUUGCACGUUGGAGAAAGGAAUUUACUUCUUCCCAUCAGUAGUUGUAUUUUCAAAUUCGGGCCUCCCUGGUGGUGCAAGGGGUUAAGAUGCAACCUAGAAGCUAUUCACAGCCACUGCAGCAAGAUUUUGAUCCCAGGCCCAGGAGAAUCCCACAUGAUGCAGCAGACCUCUCCUGAAUGGCCUGCUGCUCCCCUCAGCAGUGUAUUUCAGUCAGUUUGCCUGAUCUGUUCCCUGCUAUGUCUCUGGUGAAUCCCCUCACCUCCCAUACCUCUGGCCUGUACCCCAGUUCUUGUAUGCAUAAAUAAAUAAAUAUUUAAAAAAAUAAAAUCAGGGCCUCCCAUGGUGGCGCAGCGGUUGAGCGCUGGGCUGUGAAGCUGUCCACAGCCUCUGCAGCACCUGUUCGAUCCCUGGCCACCAGUGAGGGUCCUACAUGGCACAGCAGACCUCUCCUGACUCGCCCACUGCUCCCCUCAGCAGUGUAUUUCAUCAGUCUGCCUGUUCUGUUCCCCGCUCUGGCUCUGGUGUCCGGCGCUUCUGACUGUACCCAAUGCUUGUAUAAAUAAAUAAAUAAAUAAAUCUUUUU